UCAAAGAGAGGUCCAUGAGUGGAGUGGAUUUGAGGGUUUUGGAAGAAAAUAAGGGCAAAUCCCGUUACUGCAGGUCCCCUGUGGUUGAGCGCGCGGGCAUGGACUACCCUGUGCACCGAGGAGACACCCUGUCCAUGGGACUGCACGACAGGUACUGUGCAAUAUCUCUGGUCGAGGAUGAUGACGCUCAUAUGAAGGUUUCUCUGGGCUGCGGUGAGAUGGGCCUUUCUGCCCACCUGCAAGCUUCCAAGACAGGCAACACACGUUUCUUCACCAGUAACACACACAGCUCCGUCGUUUUACAGGGUUUUGACCAGUUGAGGAUCGAGGGCCUGUUGUGUGAUGUCACACUGGUGGCGGGAGACGGUGAUGAGGCGUUUCCUGUCCACCGGGCCAUGAUGGCAUCGUCCAGCGACUACUUCAAAGCCAUGUUCACAGGGGGGAUGAAGGAGCAGGAUCUGAUGUGUAUAAAGCUCCAUGGGGUCAACCGGAUCGGCCUGAAGAAGAUAAUCGACUUCAUCUACACGGCCAAGCUCUCGCUCAACAUGGAGAACUUGCAGGACACGCUGGAGGCUGCUAGCUUCCUGCAGAUCCUGCCCGUGCUCGACUUCUGCAAAGUGUUCCUGAUCUCUGGGGUGUCUCUGGAGAACUGCGUGGAGGUCGGGCGCAUCGCCAACGCCUACAACCUGACGGAGGUGGACAAGUACGUCAACAACUUCAUCCUGAAGAACUUCCCAUCGUUGCUGGGCACGGGCGAGUUCGUGAAGCUGCCAUUCGAGCGCCUGGCCUUCGUGCUGGCGUCCAACAGCCUGAAGCAUUGCGGUGAGCUGGAGCUGUUCAAGGCGGCGUGCCGCUGGCUGCGGCACGAGGACGGCCGCAUGGAGGGCGCCGCCAAGCUCAUGCGCAACAUCCGCUUCCCGCUCAUGAGCCCCGCCGACCUCAUCAACCACGUGCAGACGGUGGACUUCAUGCGCACAGACAACGCCUGCGUCAACCUGCUGCUGGAGGCCAGCAACUACCAGAUGAUGCCCUACAUGCAGCCCGUGAUGCAGUCGGAGCGCACGGCCAUCCGCUCGGACAACGCGCACCUGGUGACGCUGGGCGGCGUGCUGCGCCAGCAGCUGGUGGUCAGCAAGGAGCUGCGGCUCUUCGACGAGAAGGCGCACGAGUGGAAGGCGCUGGCGCCCAUGGACGCGCCGCGCUACCAGCACGGCAUCGCCGUCAUCGGCAACUUCCUGUACGUGGUGGGCGGCCAGAGCAACUACGACACCAAGGGCAAGACAGCGGUGGACACGGUGUUCCGCUAUGACCCGCGCUACAACAGGUGGAUGCAGGUGGCGUGCCUGAACGAGAAGCGGACGUUCUUUCACCUGAGCGCGCUUAAAGGCUACCUGUACGCCGUGGGAGGCAGGAACGCGGCCGGGGAGCUGGCGACGGUGGAGUGCUACAACCCCAGGACAAACGAGUGGACGUACGUGGCCAAGAUGAACGAGCCCCACUAUGGCCAUGCUGGCACUGUAUACGGAGGCUACAUGUACAUCUCAGGCGGCAUCACACACGACACCUUCCAGAAGGAGCUGAUGUGCUUCGACCCAGACGCGGACAAGUGGUCCCAGAAGGCACCCAUGACGACGGUGCGCGGCCUGCACUGCAUGUGCACGGUGGGUGACCGGCUCUACGUGAUCGGCGGCAACCACUUCCGGGGCACGAGCGACUACGAUGACGUGCUGAGCUGCGAGUACUACAGCCCGGCGCUGGACGCCUGGACGCCCAUCGCCGCCAUGCUGCGGGGCCAGAGCGACGUGGGCGUGGCCGUCUUCGAGAGCAAGAUCUACGUGGUAGGCGGCUACUCGUGGAACAACCGCUGCAUGGUGGAGAUCGUGCAGAAGUACGACCCCGAGCGUGACGAGUGGCACAAGGUGUUCGACCUGCCCGAGUCGCUGGGCGGCAUCCGCGCCUGCACGCUCACCGUCUUCCCGCCCGAUGAGUUGGCGCUGGGGGGCUCGCCUGGCCGGGAGUCGCCCCUCGCCGCGCCUUGAAGAGAGGAGGGGAGGAGGGGAGCGGAGGAGAGGCAGAGACUGAAAUAUGGACGCAACCGAGGAGUUGCUGGACGGACGGACAAGUUGAUCUGCGUCUCCCUCUGUGGCCCUCUGUGGCCGUGUGCUCGCUCUCUCUCUUUUACACUCUGUCUCUCUCUCUCUCCCCUCUCUCUCUCCAGGAAAAAGACAAUGUUUGCACUCCCCCACACCUAUGCCCCUGAUUUGUCUGAGCAGUGUAUGUAGUGAAUUCCUCUUUCUCUUCCCCUCAUUUUGCAGUCUAUGCUGAAGACCCCCUCAUUCCUCUUAACCCCACCCACCCUUUUUUUUUUUGCUUUCGACAGCAAAGGCACCUCGAGACUCCGCCCUGAUUACAUAUUGACAUUCUGUACUUUUUUUUUUUGUUUUGUUUUUUAUUUGUUUUAUGUCUAGACUUGAAAACGAAGCAACUUUGCGACUUUCAACUUUUCUACCUGACACGUCUGGACUUUCAGUAUGCUGCAACCGUCCCUUCCUUCCUGGCCUUGUGUUCCAGCAGUACACGCCUCCUCUCUCCUUCUCCAUCCUCCUCUCUCCUUCUCCAUCCUCCUCCAUCCUCCUCUCUCCUCCUCUCUCUGUCCCAGUUUAUCUCUUUCUGUCCUUCGUCUGGUCACUGUCACCUGCAUAUUUCUCAAUCUCUCUCAUUCCAUUUAUUCUUUUCUCUCUCUCUCUGCCCCCCCCCCCCCCCCCCCCCAAUUUCUCCCCUUUACCCACAUCCCCUCCCUGUGCAUCAUUUCCUGUGUGUAAGGAGGUGGGGCUAGUUAACCUAUGACUUCAGGAAGAGGAACCAGAUUUAAACUCAGGGGCUGGCCUGCCCCCCUCCCACACUCACCCAAUGGUUUCAUUACUGUGUUCCUGCUAUUGUUAUGAACCGUUAAGAAAAUGGUGUUUUCUAAAUUUAAUAAACUGAAUUUUGAGAAAA